AUGAUGAGGUAUCAGAGAGUAAGCCCAGAUUAUCUUCCUCUUGCAAAUACCAAAAAGCCCUACUUAAGACCUUCACCUUCUAGAUCCAACGAAAACGGAAGAUCAACCGCAAACGCAACCGCAACCACCGCCGGAGGAGGAAGAUUCAACGGAACGAGCACCAGCAUCAGCAAUUCGAAUCUCGACGGAGUUCCCAAAGGAUUCCGAUUCAGAUCCAGUCCGAUUACCACGACCACAAUACAGCAACAACAAGAUCUCCCUCACGACUCCACCGCAAACCUUAGCCGUAACGGCGGAGCUGGAGGGGAUGGAUUGUUACAGUGGGGGCAACGGAAACGAUCACGCGCCUCCAGAGCCGAGAUCCGAUCCGUCUCCGUCGCUGCUGCAGAUGAUUCGUCCUCUUCCUCCGGACAAAGUUUGAUUCCCCCACCUAGUAAGCUUCAGAGAAGAUCGUCAAAUCCGUCUAUGCCUCCGCCGUCGCCUUCACGGACUACGAAUCCGAGAAAUGGUAUCGUCAUCGGCAAGGAAUCAUCCAGAUUCGUCCCUACCAGGCAUCUAGAAGAUCGAUCAGCCACAGGUUCGCCGUCAAGAAACAUCGGGGUUGGUGGUGGUAGUGGUCGGAUGGUGUCCAGAUCGGCCAACGCUGGUUCAAAGCGAUCUCCUCCUUCUCCGGACAAGACUGAAACUAGAUCAAACGGUAAAGAUCAUCAUCAUCAUCAUCAGAGACAGAACGGUUUAGAUCAAACACAUCAUCACAAUCAAAGGAUGAAUCGAUCAGAAUCUACGGCUCAGAUUCACUCAGAGCUAGAGACGAGCAAUGGAGAGAAAACAGCACACGUGGAAGUUAAAGAAUGGCCAAGAAUCUACAUUGCUUUGUCUAGAAAAGAGAAAGAAGAAGAUUUCUUGGCUAUGAAGGGAACAAAACUCCCUCAUCGACCAAGAAAACGAGCAAAGAACAUUGAUAAAGGCCUCCAGUAUUGUUUUCCAGGGAUGUGGUUGCCUGAAUUGAACAAGAGUCGUUAUGAAGUUAGAGAGAAGAAGAGUGUUAAGAAGCAGCAGAAACGAAGAGGAUUGAAAGGAAUGGAAAGUUUGGAUUCUGACUCCGAGUAG